AGGGUUAUUGCUCCCUCUGAUAAAGAUAAGAAAUUUAUGGAGGACGCAGGUCGAACUCCACAGCAUCUCACUCUCGCCGUUGCCCCGCAUGCAAGCAACGAUUGCAUCCAUCCCACCCCGAGGCAGCAAGCUCGCUUCCCCAGCGCUGUGAUGUUCCGUGCCGCGCGUUUUCUGCGCGGAAUCCGGAGCAUCAGCACCAUGGCGACCGCCGAAGAGACAGCAGCCGCGGUUAUGACCGCGACCACGACCGCGACAGCGACAGCAACUGCAGCUUCAACCGUGACUCCUUCAACACCAACACCAGCACCAACACCAGCUGCGGCGACUGCCACGGACGAUGCGCCAACACCGGCCGCGCCUCCCCGAGUGCCCAUCCCGCCGCGCGGCGUCGACUACCGCGGAAAGCUGGUCCUCGCGCCCAUGGUCCGCUCUGGCGAGCUCCCGUCUCGCCUGCUGGCGCUGCACUACGGCGCCGACCUCGUCUGGGGCCCCGAAACAGUUGACCACUCCUUGAUCGGCGCGAGCCGGCGCAUCAACCCACGCACGGGCAUGGUCGAAUACACCCGCCAACCGUCCCACUCCUACAGCGCCUCGGCCGGCCCGGACCACGACCCAUCCGCGCCGCUCGAGUCGGUCAUCUACCGGCUCGACCCGGUCCGCGAGGCGGGUAAGCUGAUCUUCCAGCUGGGCACGUCGGACCCGGCGCGGGCGGUGGCGGCCGCGCGGCUCGUGGCGCCCGACGUGGCGGGCAUCGACGUCAACGCGGGCUGCCCGAAGCCGUUCAGCGUGUCGGGCGGCAUGGGCGCGGCGCUGCUGCGCACGCCCGACAAGCUGGCGGCGAUCCUGGCCGCGCUGGCCCGCGAGAUCCCGCGCGACUUCGGCAUCGCCGUCAGCGUCAAGAUCCGCCUGCUCGAGACGGCCGCCGAGACGGAGGCGCUGGUGCGCCGCCUCGUCGCGACGGGGAUCGCCGGGCUGACCGUGCACUGCCGCACCCCGCCGAUGCGCCCGCGCGAGCCCGCCAUCCGCGGCCAGCUGCGCAUGGUCGCGCGCCUGUGCCGCGAGGCCGGCGUGGCCUGCCUGAUGAACGGCGACGUCGAGGGCCGCGACCAGGCCGCCGCGCUGGUGCGCGAGUUCGGCGUCGACGGCGCCAUGAUCGCCACCGCCGCCGAGCGCAACCCGAGCUGCUUCCGCGCCGCCGCCGACGGCGGGCUGGCCCCCUGGCCCGAGGCCGUCGAGCGCUACCUCCGCCUCGCCAUGGAGGUCGAGAACAAGAUCGCCAACACCAAGUUCCUGCUCACCCAGAUGAUCCCCGGCAAGGCCCCCGUCUACCGCGAGGUGCACCGCUGCAAGUCGUACACCGACCUGGUCCGGGCGCUGGGACACGCCGACCAGCUGGGCGCCAUGGCGCGCGAGACCGACCGCGUGCUGGGGCUGGGCGAGUUCGAGGUGAGGCGGGAGCCGAAGCAAAAGGCGCAGCAGCAGAAGCAGCAGCAGAAGCAGCAAAAUGGUGAUGGCGGCGACCAGCAGCAGCCGUCGAAGAAGCGGAAGAGGGAGGAGCCGGAGGACAGUGAGAGGGAGAGGGAGAGGGAGAGGGAGAGGGAAAGGGAGAACGCGGCGAACGAGGCCGGGAAACAAGUCACCGAGCUCGCUGAGCCGGCGCCUGCGGUUGCGCCUGCGACUGUCGCGGUGUAAUAAACUGCUUCCCUCGUUCGUAAUUUUGUUUUCUGGCGUAGCAUAAGAGCGGCUGGUUGGGUGGCGUUACGGUGAUGGGGUGGCAUUUUCAAGGGGUCGCAUUCUUAUAUUCAGGUGGUCUGGCUUGGGAAAAAAAGAUAUCCUGGUGUGCGAGAGGGACAUG